GUCACGCACCCAGUCAUAGACCUUCGUUCUCAUCUUCCACUGAAUCAUCGGUUUUGUUAUCCUUUCCAGCCUUACGUUAAUUCCUCACUGCGCGACAACCAUAUCCCUACGCCUCUCCCCAGCUCAGCACAAACAUCAAUAAACUGCCUGCUAGCUAGAAAAUGGGCCAGGCAACAUCUUCUCUUCCUUCUUCGCUUCCCGACCUCGCCCUUCAUUGUCUGCGCGUUGCAGACAUGUCCCCGGCAGACGGGCUGGUCGAACCGUAUUUUGACUAUCUUAUCGGUGUUCAAACGCCUUCGAUCAAUGAACCGACUGGCACUCCUGGCGCAUCUGAAGGAGGGAGAAGGAGUAGUAGUGAGGGUGUAGAAGCACUGAGGCCAGAUGUGCUGGGCAAAAUAUUAGAAGAAAAUGAAGGGAAACAGAUUGGACUAAGAGUAUACAAUACGAAAAGCCAGAGGGUUAGAGACGUUUAUCUGGUACCCUCUCGCGCUUGGUCAGAAGAAGCGUCAAAAGCGAGCGGCGACCCAAACGCUAAACCUUCAUUACUUGGUCUGAGCCUAAGGGUUUGUAAUCCCGCACAUGCCCUGGAGUCUGUAUAUCACGUUUUGGAUGUCUUAGAAGGGAGCCCAGCAGAGAUGGCGGGUCUUGUGCCUUGGGGAGAUUAUGUCCUUGCUUGGUCUGGCGGCCCUUUACAUUCUGAGAACGACUUUUACAACUUGAUCGAGGCCCAUGUGGACAAGCCAUUGCGGCUAUUUGUCUACAACGCUGACUUGGAUAACCUUCGAGAAGUAGUUCUUUACCCUACUAGACAGUGGGGGGGAGAAGGCUUAAUAGGAUGUGGCAUUGGCUACGGACUUUUACACCGUAUACCACGGCCGUCAACGCCCCCCUCUGGACAGGCUAGCCUGUCAGGAGCGGAUGGGUAUUUUGGACCUGACGAUGUGAGGAGACCGAGUAUGCAAGGGUCUGUCAGUGAAGGCGGGGGACUGGCGGAGACUGUCUAGGAGAGGUAGUUGAGUAAAACCCGUAUAACGAUGUCAUGACAUGCAUAAAACGCUACUGU